AUGAUGACAACGAUGAACACCAAUCCCACUGUCCUCAUUUUCUUCUGUGGGCAAAUAUGGUGGAACCCCAUCUUUGCAGAGACAAAGGGGGCUGCAAACUCUUCCUCUCCCGCUCCUCUUCCAACAGUCAGAGUGACAGAAGUCGACACUAUUUCCACCACCCAAAUACAUUCCUCUCAAACAAGAGGCUCCACCAAAAACAACAGGCCAUUGUCCACAGCGAAGCCCCGGCAGCCUAUAACAGAGGGGCCCAAAUCUCACAACGAACACGUAUUAACAGCAGUAGUAAUUGGGGUCACCCUGAUUAUCAUGAUUGCCGUUAUUGUUGGCAUCUUCCUAUGGAGGCGAUGGAGGAAGGCAGCUUUGCCUCUUCCGCACUGGGCUGGUCGCUCCCCCUUUGCGGAUGGAGACGUGCCAGAAGUUGCGACGGACAAAGAAGUGGCCAAUGGCCUGAAGCGGGUGUCUGUUCUCUCUCUCCUGCCAUGGAAGUUUAACAAGGAGACACAGCUACUGGAAAACGCAGAUGGCCCCUUGUCUGAAUCGAGGCAGGAUCUGGACACUGCAUCGAGAUGUGACACUGAGGAGUCUGGUCCUACAGCAACAGGGAACUCGGGCUCGUCAGCAAGCGAACAAACGGCGGUCUCUGAAGAACCAAGUGACAUGGUUGACGUUCCACUUCAAGCUUACAGCCCUGAGCCUCUUAACCUGCCUCCUCCGCCCAACUGGCUUGGUGGUCUCAAUGGGGACCUUGGUCCCACUCAAGCAGAGCCCGUUUCGCUUGACCCAUAUGCCGAGAUCCACCAUCCUAUGCCUCCCGUUGCCAACUAUCAAAUACCAAGUGAAGCAUUACUGCUGCCUCCACCGCCAGACGAACUCUUAUCGAACUGAUUCAGAGUCCCUUACUGUAGAAUCGGAACCCUGGACUCCUUUGUAGAAGCCAAAGUGUUUAACAAAGAACCUAAUCUGCUUUUCUGCUCAAUGCUUUUGUAAGCAAAGAGAAACCACACUGCCCACAUUAAUCCUGCAAAGUCAACAGGUCCAUCUAACCUGGCGUCUCAUAUUCUUAACCCAAUGCCUUCAAGGAAGCCACAUGAUGGGCACAAACAGUAUUAUUCAGUGCUAGACUGAAUAAUGGCAUAUCCACCAACACUAGUUUCUGUGCCCUUUUAAGAGAUUCUUGUUUUCAUUUGGACCACAAAACUGUUUUUACGGGAAACCUUCAUAUCAUGAUCAACACAGAAUCCUCUCAGUUGGACUUUCGAACUCAUUGCGUGGUGUUUGAACUGGGUUUCCUUUUAAGUGCUUUUUGAUCGAAGUACGAUUAAGAGCGCUGACUCUCCCGCCCUGCCCUUGAACUUUUCUUUUCAAUCAUCUCUUCCCUUUUGAUAAGUUCUCUCUUUUGAAAUUGAAAUUGGACUUAUGUGAAAAAUGUUUCAGCUGCCGCUCCCAAGCCGACUGGAAAUACCUGCCUUAUGCACUGGAUCCUGAGCACCAAUCAGAGUUAAAUCAAUGACUGUGUCUUCUGUAUUUGGUACUUUUGGAUCGUGAAGGCACAGCUGUACUUCAGAUUCAGUCUCCUUUUCUUUUAACUAGAUGUCCAAUCACCUAUGCUGCAUGCAAGGAGAUAUGAUAAUCAGAUCAUAUUCUGCUCUUCUUUCUUCACCUUCAGAUAAUUUAAGUUUGCUUUCAUAAACUACUUUUAAGUGCUUGGCUAUUUAGCGACAUUAAUAGAGAUUUUGCCAGGCACCAGUAGAAGGUUACAAGAGAAACUCAAUGCAUUUUCUUUGAAUAAAAGAUCUUGUGAUUGUUGGGGUAUAUGUGUUUUAGAACACCCACUAGAGUCUGAUGGU